AUGCGUCCCGAGCACAAAUGGGACAAAGUCGGCCCAAAGGAGAAGCCGAAACGAAAAUGGAAGUCGAUAAGGGCUCAACCAUUGGAGACUCGUGCUCGGCGCAAAGCUCGUAAUACUGCAGGAACAGAGUCCUCACCAGGCCCUUCAGACGCUUCAUCUCCGGAAGGCGAUGAGGGUGCCACUACACAGGCAGAGAAUGAUACCCAACCAGAAGUUGAUGCUGAGGCCAAUAAAGGUAACUCAAAGCAGACUGAGAAAGUAAGGGCCAGUAGCGCUGAGCCACUUAAGUCAGCAGAGAAGCAUAAUCGUUGGCGCGACCAAGAUCCGUUCGAGGCAUUAAGACGAGCCAUUCAGUCCAGCCCUGCUAGAAAUAUGAAUUCGUGCAAGACCCAGUUUUCGGAGGCACAGCUCACUCCCAAGCCAGUUCGUAGAGCAUUGUUCCCUUCGAAUAAAGAUGGCGAAUCCAUGAGGUCUCUUAGCGACUCCUUACUUAACGGCUUACGUCGAAGUCCCCGAUCAGCCCACAAAAAGCCUACAGGACAGUUAGGUCAAGAAAACGCUCCACAAACCCCUGCUGAUGGUCUUGAUCACCUUUUCAGGGAUGCAGACGAUGACAACACGCUGGAUUUCCCUGGUAGCCCAACUCCAAAUCGCCGGAAUAGAUCCAUCCGGUCAAAAAAAUUACACGAAGCUAUAACCAACACAUCUCCAUCCCAGAAAGCGGCUCGCGCUCUAACCCAGGGUUCGAAGGAUGACAGUUUCCAACCUGACUCGACAAGCCCAUCUAAAGGGCUUGACACUUUGGAUAACAUGGUUCUUACUUUCUUAGCUUCUGAGGCGGAUUCGUUUGCUCAUACAGACUCCCUAUUCCAGUUUGAUGCACCGAAGACUCCCAUCAGUGAUAGCUGGGCAAACUGGGAUCCGAAUGACUGCAUCCCUCAGAACGACAAAAAAACGUCUAAUCUGCUUCAGAAAGACGUCACUUGUACCCCUAAGUCGAGGGACAAGGCUAAAUCAGGGAAUAACAAUCCCGAGACUCCGAGACGUGCUCGCAGUGUCCCAGCCAUCUCACCUUUCAAGUCAUUUCUUGAUAGCGAAAUCAAUGAGAUCUCAAAUCUUCCAGAGUCCGAAAUAUUUGACCCUGGCUCUCUUUUUGAUUCGCAUUUAACGAAUUCAUGGUCGAAGGAUAACACUAAUACUUCCCCUCGGGCUAAUGGCACCAUGGAAGGCCUUGACCCAGCGGUCUUUGCGGCAAUGAUGCAAGAAAUUCGGGAUUCUGCUAGAAGUCAAUGA